UAAUAAUUUUGUGGCCAAGUCCGCAUCCUCGACAUAUUCCAGCAAUAUUAACAUCAUGGCAGAUGGUCAACGUUUGGUCAAAGGCGUCAUUAACAUCAAGGAGCGUCAUUUAAAGGCGGAACCCAAAUUGCCGAACCUAGAAGAACGUGCCGCCAUGUCGAGUAACAAAAGCCUGUAUAAACUAUCGCAAAAAUUGGCAGAAAUCAGUGAAGAUGACAAUGAGAGUAAGAUAUAUUUCGACACCGAACCUGAAAAGAAACGCGAGAAACAUAAAUUAAAACUUAAUCAACUUUGUGCCAAUGUGGAGGAUAGUGACAGAAGUCCAGAUACUGAUGAACCCAAAAAGAAAUUCCUUCGAAAACGGAAAAGUCAUCGAUCAUUCAUUGGAGACGACUUAACUCAGGAAAAUGUCGGUGACUAUAUUAAGGAACAGGUCAGAUUGAUGACAUUGAAACGCUUGGCCGAAGAUGAUGAUUGGCACUGUGAAAGUUCCACAAAGAAAGAAAAUCCACAAAUAACCACAUCUCGCAAAAGAAUACAAAAAACCAGAAUUUCACCGCGUGCUAAGCUAACGAUGAGACGGUUUGUGAAUAGAGGUUCCGAUCCUAUAAGUGAAUCCGAAUUUUCUCUGCAGUCUUUAAAUUUAAGUUUAAAUGACUUUCCCGCCAAUAGAUCGAAAAUUUCAGUCACUGAACUUUUAAGCAAAAUUGUGCUUCACUUGGCAUCAGCCAAUGUAUACAAAUCUUGAUAUCAAGAUCUCAGCUUGUGAUGUAAGGCACUUACAGUUUACAAGGGUUUAAAAAUUGUCCGAAAUUUUAAACUUUUUGGCCAGUUGAACUAAAAGUUUACAUAGAGUGUACCUCUUAGAAGUUAUUCGAUUAUUGUCUUUUUCAAUAUGGUAUAAAUCUAAUUUUCUUAAUUUA